AUGGUCAUGGAUUCUCAGGUGUUGCUGGGUGUUGCACUUUCAUCUGUGGGUGGUUUCAGCACUUCCAUAGGUGCACUUUUUGUAAUCCUUAGUAAAGCUCCAAGUUUGAAGGUGCUUGGAUUGUUACAGGGUUUUGCUGCUGGUUUGAUGCUGAGUAUAUCAUUCUUUGAUCUAACUCAUAAUGCCUUGAACUCACUUGGCUUCCUAAGAGGCAAUCUUUGGUUUUUUGCUGGUGUCAUAUUCUUUGCUGUUGUUGCCAAGUUUAUACCAGAACCAACAGCUGCUCCUCCCAUUUCAGAUGAGAAGAGUACAAAGAAAGUUGGAAAAGAAGGAAGCAAAGACAUUAUGAAAAGGCGACGCCGCCAAGUUUUAGUCAGUGGUGUUAUCACAGCCAUAGGUAUAAGUUUGCAUAAUUUUCCAGAAGGAAUGGCAGUGUACCUAGGAUCCAUGAAGGGCAUUCGUGUUGGUCUUAACCUUGCCUUGGCCAUUGCUCUGCACAAUAUCCCAGAGGGUGUUGCUGUUGCACUUCCUGUCUAUUUUGCGACACAAAGCAAAUGGGAGGCAUUCAAGUUGGCAUCACUUUCUGGCUUUGCAGAGCCACUGGGUGUUGUAAUUGUAGCCUGUUUAUUCCCUACCAGCCUAAAUCCUGAGAUUCUUGAAGGUAUCCUUGGAUCAGUUGGUGGAGUUAUGGCUUUUCUAACCCUUCACGAAAUGCUACCACUGGCUUUUGAGUAUGCAGGGCAAAAACAGUCUGUUAAGGCUGUCUUUUGUGGGAUGGCUUUCAUGUCUGCAAGCUUGUAUUUUCUACGUAGGAGCUUACCAGAGAACAUGUAA